CCGAGCAAGGAGUGGGGGUGGGCAGGAGAGGAAGGGGGCUUUUCCUGGGGGAGGGGGAGGGGUUUGCAUUUGCAGGGCGCAGGAGGACUUGAGGAGGGGGCUGCAGAGAAGGAGCUGCAGGAGGGAAAAAGCUUGCAGCAGCCGGAUCCUGGGAAAGUCUACUUGGAAAGAGAAACCUCUCAUCAGAGCCAAGUGAAUAAAGGCAACUUCUCAAAUACAGAGGUGGCCCAAGAGAAGGGGAAGGAGAUGGAAGAGCAGGACCCAGAAAGGCCUGGAACUGGCAAGAGAGCAAGAGAUAGCCUGCAUCCCAUCCAACCUGAAAGUGGUGCUAAAUUCUGGGAAACAGCUGUGACAGAGAUCUUGGCUAAGGACACCAUGACCUCAGAUGUGCAUUGCCAACACUUCCGGCAGUUUUGCUACCAUGAGGCUGAUGGGCCUCGAGAGGUUUGCAGCCGGCUCCAUGGACUUUGCAACCAGUGGCUGAAUCCGGAGAGGCAGACCAAGAAGCAGAUCCUGGACCUGGUGAUCCUGGAGCAGUUCCUGACUCUCCUGCCCCAGGAAAUGCAGGGCUGGGUCAGAGGAUGUGAGCCGGAGACCAGUUCCCAGGCGGUGGCCCUGGCCGAAGGUUUCCUCCUGAGUCAGGCAGAGGAGAAGAGGCAGGCAGAACAGAUGCAGGGACCACCUUUGGAGAUGGAAGCUGCAAUCCCUGCGGCAGAAGGAGCUUCCUUGGAGCAGGGGCAGAGGGUGCAGGCGGCGGAGCGUGCCCAAGAUGCCCUCUCCUGUGGAACAGGCAGUGAGGAGAUGCUGUUGAGCCGUUGUCUUUUCCAAGGUGUGAGAACAGUUGCUGCACCUCCAAUCCAGGGUCCCUUUUCCUUUGAGGAGGUGUCUGUCUCUUUCACGGAGGCAGAGUGGGCCCUGCUGGAUCCGGGACAAAGAGCUCUGUACAGGGAAGUCAUGCUGGAGAACUAUGGGAAUGUGACCUCUCUGGUAGAGGAUGAUCAGAGGAAUGAGGAGGGUGAGAAACUUCAUCAGCAAAUGCUAGAUAGUGUUAAAAAUGAAGAAUUUAACGAAAAUGUCAGGAAUCAAAGCAGAAUGAAGAGAAAGAAAGGUGGCUGUAUGGUUGAGAAGCAUGAUGGAAGACAGCGGAAUGUACAUUUUCCAAAGCACAGGAAAAUGAAAGCAAGUAAAUCCGUUCAGUGUGGAAAGUUUUUCAGAAAUAGAUCACAUCUUCUUGUGCACCAAAGAACAAAGAGAGAGGAGAAACCUGAACACUUGGAGACCAGGCUUAAAUUCAGUCUCAGCUAUAAUCUUCAAAAGCAUCAGAAAACCCACACAGAGGAGAAAACAUUUGAAUGCUCAGAGUGUGGAAAGAGAUUCAGCACGAAUGGCAAUCUUCAACAGCAUCAGAAAACUCAUACAGGGGAGAAACCUUUUAAAUGCACAGAGUGUGGAAAGAGAUUCAGCACGAAUGGCAAUCUUCAACAGCAUCAGAGAACUCAUACAGGGGAGAAACCUUUUGAAUGCUCAGAGUGUGGAAAGAGAUUCAGCACGAAUGGCAAUCUUCAACAGCAUCAGAGAACUCACACAGGGGAGAAGCCUUUUGAAUGCUCAGAGUGUGGAAAGAGAUUCAGUCAGAGUGGCUGUCUUCAAAAUCAUCAGAGAACCCACACAGUGGAGAAGCCAUUUGAAUGCUCAGAGUGUGAAGAGAGGUUCAGUACAAGUGGUGGUCUUCGAUAUCAUCAGAGAAGCCACACAGGGGAGAAGCCAUUUGAAUGCUCAGAGUGUGGAAAGAGAUUUGGUACGAGUGGCGGUCUUCAGCAACACCAAAGAACCCACACAGGGGAGAAACCUUUUGAAUGCUUAGAGUGUAGAAAGAGAUUCAGUCAGAGUAGCAGUCUUCAACAACAUCAGAGAACCCACACAAGGGAGAAGCCAUUUGAAUGCUCAGAGUGUGGAAAGAGAUUCAGUCGGAGUGGCAGUCUUCAGCAACAUCAGAGAACCCACACAGGAGAGAAACCUUUUGAAUGCUCAGAGUGUGGGAAAAGAUUCAGUGAUAGAGGGAAUCUUCAAGCGCAUCAGAGAACCCACACAGGGGAGAAACCUUUUGAAUGCUCAGUGUGUGGAAAGAGAUUCAGUCAGAGUGGAAAUCUUCAAUUUCAUUGCCGAAUCCACACAGGAGAGAAACCUUUUGAAUGUUCAGAUUGUGGAAGGAGAUUCAGUCAGAGUGGCAGUCUUCAAUUUCAUUGCCGAAUCCACACAGGGGAAAAACCAUUCGAAUGCUCAGAGUGUGGAAAGAAAUUCAGUCAGAGGGGGAAUCUUCAAGCACAUCAGAGAACCCACUGAGGGAAGAAACCUUUUGAAUGCUCACUGUCUGGCCCUGGCUCGUCACACCUGGUCUCAUAAAUGGCCUCAAGAGAGGCUUUAAUGAUAGGUACCAUCCCAAUGAAUGAGAUCACUCUCUUGUUACCCUAACUGAUAUUGAGGUUCUCCUGAGUUUAUUGGGGGAAUUAGCUAGAAGAUGCAGAGGAUACGAGGGGAGUAACAAGCAGAAUCUCCACCUAUGCUUAUUAGGAUUUUUUCCCUCAGUAGUAUCCUCCAUUAUUCAAGCCUUAAAUAAUGAAAUGGGUUUUCUUAAUAAAAAUUAUAGAAAUAAAAAUAAAACUUAUAA